AUAGGUCAUAAAUAAAAAUAUUGAGUCAUAUAAAAUUAACUUUAUGGAAAUAAACCGAAUUAAACCUCGGUCGCAGACAUGAAAUUGCACCAAUUAAGUAACUAAUACGACAAACUUUCCAAUGUGGUAAAAAUGAAUCGAAGAAAAAGGAAGUGGAAAUACAAAAAAUGAAGUCUACUACUAUAAAAUUCUGCUCUGUUUGGUUAGCUAUAUACGCAUCGAUCACCGCCGUUAUUUCCUCCGAAUAUUCACCCGAAAACGACAACGAUGGUUACAUAGAAUCUCCCAUUUGCUGCAACCUCACCACCGAACGGGUGGAGGUCAAUUACACAUCGAAAAUAGUCGAAAACGAAUACAUAGUCAUGUUCAACGGCUAUUACACCGACGAGGCGCGCUUGAACUACAUCAACACCGCCUUGAACACGUCCGGAAUUCGCAAGUGGAAGGUCCUCAGCAGAGAAAACCCCGCCAGUGAUUACCCCAGCGAUUUCGAUGUCGUGGUCAUCGAGGACUCGGACAAAAUGGAGGGUCUGAACGCCCUAAACAAACAUCCGGCCGUUAAAAGAGUCACGGCUCAACGUAUGGUUUCUCGUACACUGAAAAUCAGCCCUAAACAAAGAGCCGGAAGAAGCCUUAAUUCGAAUUCUAAAAUCAAUGCGAAGAAUCAAUUCAGGCAUAUUAAUCGUAGAUUGUUCAGGGCGAUACCUCGCCAGAUAACGUCAGUUUUACAAGCUGAUUCUUUAUGGAAUAUGGGCAUUACAGGUAAAGGCGUGAAAGUGGCCAUAUUCGAUACGGGCCUAUCGAAGAACCACCCGCACUUCAGGAAGAUCAAAGAGCGCACCAAUUGGACCAACGAAAAGACCUACGACGACGGACUCGGGCACGGCACGUUCGUGGCCGGCGUGAUAGCCUCGAGCAAGGAGUGCUUGGGCUUCGCCCCCGACGCCGAAUUGCACAUUUUCAAAGUGUUCACCAACAAACAAGUCUCCUACACCUCCUGGUUCCUGGACGCCUUCAACUACGCCAUAUUGAAGAAGAUCAACGUGCUGAACUUGAGCAUCGGCGGGCCCGAUUUCAAGGAUCACCCGUUCGUGGAUAAAGUGUGGGAACUCACGGCUAAUCGAGUGAUUAUGGUGUCUGCUAUCGGCAACGACGGACCGUUGUACGGUACACUGAACAACCCCGGUGAUCAAAUGGACGUCAUCGGCGUGGGCGGCAUAAACUUCGAAGAUCACAUCGCCAAAUUCUCCUCCAGGGGCAUGACCACGUGGGAACUUCCCCAAGGAUACGGUAGAGUGAAGCCGGACAUCGUGACGUACGGUUCGGCCGUGAAGGGUUCCCACAACAAGGGCGGCUGCCGGUCACUGUCGGGCACCAGCGUGGCCUCGCCCGUCGUAGCGGGGGCCAUAACGUUACUGGCCAGCGGCGUGUUGCAUCGCGGCGACGUCAUCAAUCCGGCCAGCGUGAAACAGGCUCUGAUGGCAUCGGCGAGAAGGCUGCCGGACGUGAACAUGUUCGAACAGGGCCACGGGAAAUUGAAUCUGAUGAAGGCCUAUCAAAUAUUGAACAGCUACACGCCUCAAGCUAGCUUGAGUCCGAGCUACAUAGACCUCAGCGAAUGCCCUUACAUGUGGCCGUAUUGCACCCAACCGCUCUACUACACGUCGGUGCCGGUCAUCGUGAACGUGACGAUUUUGAACGCGCUCGGCGUGUCGGGCAGGAUAGUGGGUAAACCGCAGUGGUAUCCGUACACGCCGCAACAGGGCCAUUUGCUCGAAGUGGCCGUCACGCAUUCGGAGAUCCUGUGGCCUUGGUCCGGUUGGAUGGGCGUCUACCUGUCGGUGACCAAAGAGGGGGCGACGUACGAGGGCCUGGCCCAAGGGCACGUGGAGUUUACGGUGGAAUCGCCGCCGGGCGACGGGGAAACCGACGUGAGAGAGAGCACCGUCAAGUUGCCGGUACGGGCGAAGAUCAUUCCGGUGCCGCCCAAGCAGAAGCGGAUCUUGUGGGAUCAGUUCCACAAUUUGCGGUAUCCGCCCGGUUAUUUUCCGAGGGAUAAUCUGAAGGUUAAGAAUUACCCGUUGGAUUGGAACGGGGAUCACAUCCACACGAAUUUUAGGGAUAUGUACCAGAAUUUGAGGAACAAAGGAUACUACGUCGAGGUGUUGGGUUCCCCUUUCACUUGCUUCGAUGCAUCACAAUACGGUACGUUGUUAAUAGUCGAUCCCGAAGAGGAAUUCUUCCCGGAGGAAAUCAUGAAAUUGAAACGCGACGUCGACGCCGGUCUAUCCGUGAUAGUAUUCGCCGAUUGGUACAACGUUACCGUUAUGAAAAAAGUCAAAUUCUACGACGAAAACACCAGACAAUGGUGGAUGCCCGAUACAGGUGGCGCCAACGUGCCGGCGAUAAACGAACUAUUGGCCUCUUGGGACAUACAAUUGGGCGAUAGGGUGUUCGAAGGGAAGUACAAAUUGAACGAGCACGAGGUUUACUACGCGUCCGGUAACAGCAUUCGAAAAUUCCCCAAAAACGGCGUCGUCGUAGCCAGACAAUUGACGGAUUACGGGGCGGAGAUUAUAGGCGAAUCGGACGGGUUUCUCUACGACGUACCCGUACUGGGUUUGGUGCAGACGAAGUCGAACGAGAAAAAGAGCGGCAGAAUAAUAGUGUACGGUGACUCGAAUUGCAUCGAUUCCAGCCAUUUGGAAACCGAUUGUUAUUGGCUGUUGGACGCCAUGUUGGAAUACACUUCUACAUCACAUCUACCUAAUGUUUUUAAGGAUAAUAAUUUCAAAGGGUGGGAAGGAAUCGCCGAUACGGAUACGCCUCGACGAAUGGAAGGAAAUCGACUGUAUAGAUAUUCGAACGUGCUGGAAAAAAGCCUGGGCGAAGCGCACGCCAAACCCGUACCGCAAUGUCCUCGGCUCGCCUGGUCGCAACCCGUACCGUUGAACGUCUCCGCGCCGAGCGAUCUCUACCAAUCCCAGAAGCUGCUGUCGCUCUCCGACGACGUCCACGUCGCCCUGCCGGCCGACAACAACAUCAAAGACGCGUCGGGCGUCGACGGCAACGGCGACUUCAUCGAGUGGAAUUGGCGCAACAAGCCGGCCGGCGCCGCGACGGCCCGGCCCGAGGACUUCGAUCUGACCGUUACGGUGCUGGUGGUACUGUCGCUGGCCGUUAUUUACUACAGCGUCAGGUGGUGCAAGCCGAAGCCGAAGAAGCGGAAGCUGUGCAAACGGCUGUUGUCUAUAGUCAAUUGCAGGCGAACGUCGAGCGUGUGAGGAUGUUCGUGUAUGCAGGUAGAUGCGAAAUUGUUCGCCAUGUGGUCGAUUCGAGAGAGAUUACGGGGGACGUUUACAAAGUUGUAGCGAUUUUUUCACUUUGACAACUAUGUUAUUUUAAUGCGAGGGACGUUUCUAAAGUUCCAAACUUGUAGACGAGUAUUUACAUGUUUGUGCAACUAUCCAGUGCAAUAUAUUGGGUGGUAUGGACUCGUUUUUGUAACCAUGAAAGAUGCAAUAAAAUCU